UCGACAAGAAGCUACGGUGGCCUCUUGUAUCUGUAACUAACAUAUCACGCGUUCCUGGGUUUGUUAGAGCUUUAUUCGUAGGAACUCUCGUUUUACACCGUAGCUGUGGCAGGAGGGUUUUUGCGGACGAACACAGAGUGAACUUUAACCCCGGUAAAAUGGGCUAUUGUUUUGAUUUAGUAGGCUUCUUUUUCGUGUGAAUAAUUACUAGUUUGUCGAUAGAGGGAAACAUUUAAUCGCUCCGGUAUUAUUGAGGAUCUAGUUAAGCGUAAAUGAUGACCAGAAAUCCGGGGUAGCUCUUUAACAGAGAUGCUUUCUUCAAGAUAAGCUAAAGUUAGCUUUUCGGCUAAUGUAGCGUAGCGUAGCUUUGGUAACAACAUCGCGAAGAUGAGGAGCACCGUGUAGGACAGACGGAGCAGACGUCGGAAAGCGGCGAUUUCCUGCUUGUCAAUCAUAUUAUCCCAGGGUUAUCCUGUCUGUGUGUCUGGAUUACCACAAAACAGAAUUUCAGAUCAAACCCAUCGAAACAUUUAAGUCGUUGUUUUAGCUUUGAAGAGUGUUGGACCUUUGCAUCACUCGCACAUUCUUUCGAUGGGGGAGGAAAAACCGGACACGCUGGACUUUGUGAAGGAUUUUCAGGAGUAUCUGAGCCAGCAGACUCAACAUGUCAACAUGAUAUCAGGCUCUGUCAGCGGCGUCAAGGAGGCGGAUGAGCUGCCAGCAGCAGACUGCAGUCAGAAUGGACUGGAUCACCCCUCAGUGGACAUGUCAUUGGAGGACAACUCAGGGAUCCUGGUAGAUGGUUUCGAGAGGACCUAUGAUGGCAAGCUCAAGUGCCGCUACUGCAACUAUGCUACCAGAGGCACAGCACGGCUCAUUGAACACAUUCGAAUUCACACAGGAGAGAAACCUCACCGCUGCCACCUCUGCCCAUUUGCUUCGGCCUACGAGCGUCACCUGGAGGCCCACAUGAGAUCGCACACUGGCGAGAAACCUUACAAGUGUGAGCUGUGCUCAUUCCGCUGCAGCGAUCGUAGCAACUUGUCACACCAUCGCCGGAGACGUCACAAACUCCUGCCAAUGAAAGGCGCCCGCUCACUGUCCCAUAAGAAGAUGCUGAGUGUUUUACAGAAAAAAGCCAGUUCAUUGGGCUAUGGCCGCAGGCUCCUUAUCAAUUUCAGCCCCCCUUCUAUGGUGGUGCACAAGGCUGACAAUGUGAACGACUUCUCCCAUGAGUUGCCCCACUUACGUCAGGAAACCUAUGAUAAUCAAAGUCGAGCAGGCGAGGACGCUCUCUCCGCAAACCAAAAUCACCAUCACCAUGAUAUGGUCGUGGAUAACCCCCUGAACCAGUUGUCUACUCUGGCAGGCCAGUUGGCCAGUCUCCCCUCAGAGUCCCAGCCCCAGACUCAGCCUUCGAUGUCUCCAGGAGCAGAGUCUAUCAUUGAUGAGAAGCCAUUCCUCAUCCAGCAGCCACACCCUGCCACGGCUCCUGUUGCUGUGACAGCCAAUAUGGCCCAUGCUUCUUCCUCAUCCCCAAUCCCCCCAGAACCCCGGGCUCCUCCCCACAGUAAUUGCAGUCCUGGAGCGGGACCGUGCAGCGAGCACAGUGGGCGCACCAGCACCCCUAGUAUCUCCAACAGCCAGCCCAGUACGCCAGCUCCCGGCCUGUCCGCCCCACUUCAGGACCCCCACAUGCUGCAUCACUGCCAGCACUGUGAUAUCUACUUCCCUGACAACAUCCUCUACACCAUUCACAUGGGCUGCCAUGGCUACGAGAACCCAUUCCAGUGCAACAUCUGCGGCCACAAGUGCAAGAGCAAGUACGACUUUGCCUGCCACUUUGCACGCGGGCAACACAAGUAAUGGAUGAAUGAGGAAAACUUUAAAAGAACUUUUAAUGGACCCCUAUGUUUUAUUAUUUCUAUAGUAAUAUUAUUUAUUUAUCUUUCAUUUGGCCUUUAUGUAGCCUUGUCUUUGAAAGUUGUACUUAAACAGGAAAAUAGCAACAUUCAGAUGAAUUUUGUAUAGUUAAAGGUGCCCAUUCAAGUGUAUUACAAAGGGAUGGUCAGUGUUUUUAACAGGUUGAGAAUUUAUUUGUGACAGCAGUUGCAGUGACAUUCACCUACUGUCAUUGAUCAGGAAAAAGCUUGACUAUGUAGUGAAAUGUAAGACACUUUAUUCAAGGCUACUAAAUUUACCAUGUUGGUUUCAAUCUUCUUUUUCCUUUGGUAUAAAAAAGAAAAAGAACUUUGCUCAAAGUGGACCUUUCCCCCACAGGCAAACAGAUCAGAUUUUUUCUACAAGGUAAAACCAGUGACUGCUGAAUGAAUAACUUUCAGCUAUUUGGCAGUUUCUUGUAGAUGAUCUUUUAAUGUUGCAUUUGGGAAUGGAACAGGUGAAACGCUGCAAGAAUGAGGCAACAUAGGAUUUUGAAAUUGAUACCCUGGGUGUAUCCUGCAAAAAAUCCCAGCUCCCAUCCCAGUGACAUUGACCUUAAGGUCAAGGUCAGACGUCAAGUUUCAAAACUUGAAAGAGGCAUCUUACAGGAUGAGGGGUAACACUGACAGCACCCAGUUUUCAGUGUUGUAUUCACUGAAAUCUCUGUAAAGAGUACUGCAUAAUUUUUGCUUGCUUGCCAAGAGAGUGAAAGAGGGAAGGUCUACUAGAAUAUCAAAUCUGCAUUAACAACAUGUCCCUUUCCCAAAAUUGGAAAGUUG